AUGGGGUCGAUUUCACAGACGGCAGGAAUCUUCAAUAUUAAGAGGAUAGCGGUGGUUGGAGCGGGACCAUGUGGGCUUGCAGCUGCCAAGUAUCUCCUUGCUGAGAAGGCCUUCUCAACCAUUGAUAUCUUCGAGCAACAGGCAGAAAUAGGUGGAGUAUGGAACUACACGCCCUCCUUGACGGAGCGAGUACCAGUGCCUCAAACAACCCCAUGGGCACCUCUGGAGAAACCAACCUGGCCCAAGGGAGCUCCAGCGCCCAUCUUUUCCAACCCGAUGUAUGAGACUCUCAACACGAAUAUACCCAAACCUCUCAUGCAAUUUUCCGAUCAGGACUUUCCUGAGGACUCUUUGCUAUUCCCUUCGCGCCAGGACGUUCAGGCUUACCUAGUCAAAUAUUCUCAGGAUAUCAGACAUCUCAUCUCACUGUCCACUCAAGUUGAGAAUGUGAUGUUAUCGCAAGAGAAUGGACAGGAUUUGUGGACUCUCGUUGCCAAAUCUACCAUUACCGGGGAAAGGACAACAAAAGAGUACGACGCUGUUUGCGUUGCCAAUGGUCAUUACUCCGUCCCAUGGAUUCCAGAUGUUCCCGGGAUUAAGGAGUUCCAUGCCGCCCAUCCAUCUAUCAUUUCACAUUCCAAGGUUUACCGCUCCCCAGAAGGUUUCACAGACAAGAAAGUUGUUGUUUGCGGAAAUGCUGCGUCUGGUUCGGAUAUCGCUAACCAGAUCAGCGCUGUCUGCAAAAAGCCCCUUCUCAAUUCGAUCAAUGGCCCUUCCACUUUCCAGCUACCGGUUGGUGGCGUUGUGAAAGAAGAAGUGCCCAAAAUAGUCGAAUAUAUUGUCGAAGGAAGAGCUGUCAAGUUCGAAGACGGAAGGGUAGAGAGAAACAUCGACGCUAUAGUCUAUGCUACAGGGUAUCUGUACUCUUUCCCAUUUCUGAAGUCACUUGAUCCUCCAAUUAUCACCACCGGCCGUCGAGCAAUGGGCCUAUACAAACAAAUUUUUUGUAUCAAUCACCCAACACUGGUCUUUGCCGCCCUUGGACAGAAAAUUAUUCCAUUUCCGUUCGCUGAAGCUCAAGGCGCAGCCAUAGCUAAAGUCUGGUCCAAUACCCUGGCCCUCUCGAGCAAGGACGAGAUGGAAGCAUGGGAAAAGGGUAGGGUGGAAGAGCUAGGAGAUGGAACUGCUUUCCACGUUCUGGGCUACCCAAAGGACGCCGCAUACAUCAAUUAUCUCUAUGACUGGGUCCAAGGGGCAAACAACGGAUUUGCCAAAGUGCCACCAUUCUGGGACGAGAGACUCUGCUGGCUGCGAGAAAUCUGUGUCGACAUCAGAAGGAAGUUUGCUGAGGAUGGAAUGAAGGCGAAAAGCUUGGAGGAUCUUGGAUUCCGAUUCGAGAAAUCGGAUCACUAA